CUCAGCAACAAGGGAUACUAUGAAGAUUAGCUGCAAGGUGAUAUUUGCAGCAGCAUCAUGGUGGCUUGUUAUGACUUCUUGCUGCUGUGCUGCAGUGACAGCGGCUGAGGUCCAGGAAGAGUCACCAGAACAAGAUGUCCAGUCUCAACAACAAGUCGCAAUUCUUAAGCAGAUUAACCGCGUAAAUGAUGACGGAUCCUACACAUUCGGAUACGAAGCCGCAGACGGAAGCUUCAAGAUUGAAACACGUGAUGUGCUGGGUAAUGUGAAGGGUAUGUUUGGAUUUAUAGAUGAGUCGGGGGAGCUGAAGAGAGUCUCUUACUCUGCCAGCAACAACACGGGAUUCCAAGCCAACGGUAACCUACCCACCGUCAUAGUGGGAGAAGAUAAGCAAAAAGUAACCAUUCGGAGCCAGCCUCCAGCACCACCAUUACUGUACCAGCAGAUUAUCCGGCCAUUGGUAACUACCCGCCGAUCGCCAUUGGUGCAUGACUCGACCACGACAACAGAACAAACUCUGGACUCCACCACUCGAAGGCCAGUCCUCCUUUAUGCGCAGACUCUGGCCCCAGCGAGUGUUUCAGAGACUCCAGAACCAGUGACUAAGGCCGCUGUUAUCCAAACAAUCCCCAGAUCUCGCCGACCUCAAGAGAUCCCUAGCUCAACAGAGAGGCCAUCAGGACCAACAACAACCAGAAGACCUCUGCAACUAUAUGGUCAGUAUAUCCGUCAGCAUCCAGGAAUACCUGGAGGACAGCCUGUGAGACAGAUAUUCGUAACGCAGGGUCCAGUCGACGAAGCAGUUGGUCGUGCAGAAGCUACAUCCCCGCGACCGAAUGAAGUAGUUUACGGUCAUUAUAUCAGUCCUACCCAUUCAGCUGCCAGCACAACACCAUCCACACAGCUGCUGAGGCGAGUUGUGCUCGCUCGGAGACCUUCUGACAUAACAGAACCGCCUAUUUCGUUGGUGCAGUUGAAGCAGUCGCAGGAGGGCAAGGAGAGUAAAGACGAAGAUGGAGCAGCGAAAGGAAAGGCGUUGAGGAGACAGCUUGCCCAGGAUAGAGGACUGAAUUUCAACCCAGGAGUUCAGACACCGCCACAAGGUGCACGAGUGCGCCAGUCUGGAACUGACGACACAGGUGACGUUUACGGUGGUUCAGUGGGAGGUAGCCCACGACCCAUACCUGCUGUCCCAUUCCGGUCUUUCUUCAUUCCAGUACAAUCCCGCGCUGUCCAGAGUGCCCUAUUACAAAGUCAGUUACUUCAGGAUUUAGCAGGCACUAGACAGAGACCGGGAUAUCCUCAGGACGAUAUUCCACCUGGAGCUAUACCAUCAGAUUUUGGUGGAGCUGUCAGAAUACCUCUCGGAGUUAUACGUGGAGGGGUCCUGGACCCCAGAAUUCCACCAGGAGCUUUCCAGUACGCAGGGCCCAAUUAUCAGUAUCCUCCUCAGGGACCUGACUCCGACCUUCAGGAGCAGCUCCUACAGCUCCUGAUGGGCCGACAACAGCCACGUCAACCACCUUAUAUUGACGAUUAUCAAUACCGUCAACAGAGCGCAGUGCCAGCACUUACGCCAUUCCAGAUAGCAUUGAUGAUGACCCUGGGAGAAAAUAUUCCUCCAGACCUUCUGGAUGAUCCUUAUCAACAGAAUGUAAACAGGCAACAGCCAGUUUAUGGCCCUCGGCAACCACAAUACAACCGCCAAAAUAUUCCUUACCCCAUUCCUUAUCCUCCACAACAAGGACAGUACGUUAACCCACAAGCAGCUUAUUCCCCACAGCAAGGGCCUUACAGCCAACAAAUACCUUAUAAUCAGGCCUUACCAUAUGAUCCUCAGCUCUAUCAGCAGCCUUACACAAGCAACUACCAAAAUCCAGUUCCCUAUUUGGGUCGGUUACCGUACCACAUAAGAAGACGGCUACGUUAUCGACCGCAGCCAGUGUACUCCCAGCAGCUUCCUUAUGCUAACGACCAGACGGCUCCUCAGGAUUAUUAUCAACAGCCUAUAUCAUAUCCUGGACGCAACCCGCAGGUCGGAUAUUCUCAGGAUUUCCUACCUGACCAGUACCGUGACGCGCUGAUCCUGCAAAUGCUCCUAGCUGUUCGAGCAGCACAGCAGCAAGGAAGAGGGCAUCACAGGCCUAUAGAACAGAAUCCGAACAUACAGGAACGGUCACAGUCUUACCUACCUCCGGCCAGCACGACAACAACAACUACAACUGUCAGGCCUCGAACUCUUGCCCCCGUGCGAAACGUCCAGAUCCUUGACCCUGUAACUGAAGAAGUCACAGCCAAAAGGUCAACGGACAUACCCUCCUCUCGGUCAUGAUCCGAACAAUGCCAGUGUCCUUCCAAGCAGACUUGUUAAAUAAAAUUAGAGACAUGCUGUAAUGGUAUUCUAACGCUGCUUAGGCUUUGGGAUUGAGAACUGAGUUCAUCUCCGUCCAAUUUGUUUCAUAAAAUUUGUGUCACAUUCAGUGAAUUUGCAAUGCUUGUUAGAGAUAAUAUGAUUAUCAUAAAUAUUCAAUCAUUUUAAUCCUAGGAUAUUAUUGCUUUACCUUGUUGUGCCCAGUUUUUAUGUUCGCGUGAACGUAAUGUAAACUAGGACAACGGAUAACAUUGCGGUCUUGUUUGAGACGAGGACUGAUUGUAAUGUACAUAUCAGUGUUUUCCGUACUAUUUAAAAACUGAUCGUGCUACAUUGGAUGAGCAGCCACAAUAGCAUAAAUACAGAUGAGCAGAUGUAGAAACACUGUGCAUUGAAAACGCCGUGGCAAAACAAUUUUCGAAAGCGAAAAAGAAAAACAGGUCUGCGGGUAAUAUUCAGAGACAGAAGAAACCAAUGAAGAACGUCGUCCUCUGGGAUAUGGCGCAGUGUAGAUAUUGUGUAAACCGACGUUUGGGAUGAACGCGU